GGGGGCGGGGGCGAGUGGCGCCGCUUCGCGCUGCUGUCGGCGUGGGCGUGGGGCGCUGCGGUGGCGCUGACGGCGCUGUGCGUGGCGGCGCACGGCAACGCGCAGCGGCUGAGCGACGCGGGCCUCUACGCGCCCUCGCUCUUCGAGACCAGGACGUGCUUCUUCGAGGUCGUCUACACCGAGCACCUCCGCCACGGCAAGGUGAACAAGAAGGACGACCUGGGCGCCGUCAUCUACUUCUACGUGCCCAUGGGGCUGCUGGUGGUGGUGAACGCGGCGUGCCUGGGGUUAACCACCUGGAACAUCCGCUCGCUGCAGAAGGAGGCCAGCCACGUGCAGCGCACAGGCACCAGCACAGCCCCCGCCAUGCGCAGCGCUGUGCUGUACGUGAAGCUGCUGCUGACGGCGGGCGUGGUGGAGCUGGCGGUGGAGGGCGUGGCGUGGGGCGCGCGCAGCCGUCGCUUCCAUGGCUCGUCUGAGUGGGCGGAGGAUUUCGCCGCGCAGAGCGCCUUCGUCUUCGCCAUCGUGGGCACCUGCAUCGACGUGGCGCGCGCCGCCGCCGUGCUCUGGCUGUGCGUGGGCCGCUGUCGCUGCGGUGACGUCCCCGGUGCUCAGUCGGUGAGCGCUGUUUUUGAUUGGCUGCGUCGGGGCGUAUCCAGUCUCUCGCUGCGGCGUUUCAGUCAGCCCGCGACCGCCUGCACGGCGCCUCCUGUGCCGCUUGUGGUCUUGGAGGACCCCUCGUCGUCGUCAUCUUCUUCAGGUGCCGCAAACGACCCGUUAAACAGCGCCAGAACGAGUACGACUACUCUCGCGGGCUCUGUGCAAUCGCUCACUACCUCUUAGCAGUCGCUUAGCAAUGGAGUGAUCAAUGCUUUGUCAACUUUUUUCAACGUUUUUUACUUCGAUUUUUCUAUAGUGGACGAUGACAUUAAGUCAUUGUAACACCUCCUGCCUUAUAACGUGAACAUUUU